CACAACUGAUCAACCCAGAACAACUGAGGUAACAAUUGGGCCGACUGAAGGCAUCUCAACUCAUCAAUCCGAUAAAACUGAUGUAACAACUGUGCAACUAACCACAACAUCCACUAACCCACCCACUCAGCCACCAUCAACAGCCCCAACUAACCCUCCUACAAAUCCAGCAACUCAGCCAACCACUGAACCAACAGUUUCCACAGUGGAGCCAUUAAAAUGUCAGAAUGGCGGAACAUUCAAUGGAUACAACUGUACAUGUCCUAUUGGACUUAAUGGAACUGUUUGUGAAUAUGUUAUUAUUAAUGUUGAGCCAGUUUUAUUCAACAGAAUGGCAUUGGUUAAUUUGGUGAUCAACCAAGAAUAUAAUGUAAAAUAUGAGGACAAAACAUCACUUGAAUACAAAGAAUUUGUUGGGAACUUCACCAACCAGAUGGAGAAAUAUUACAUAGCAAAAAAGAUACCAAACUUUAAAGAAGUGGUGGUAAUUAGUGUCAGCCCUGGAAACCCUUUGGUCAGAUUCUCAAAUAACACUGUGGAUGAGAUAAGAUUAUGGGAUGAAGCCAUGGCGAUCUACAGUAUUACACCAAGAGCAAAAGGGGUUAAUGUCACACAUUAUGUGGGUCUGGCGAUUCCAAAUAAUGCUAGUGCUGAACAACUAUAUAAGGAAGAUGUUGAAGCAAUUAAGCAGGCUGUUGAUGGCCUUCUUAGCUGCACAGGAGAAUGUCCUGAUUUCAACGUCACUGCUCCACCCACAGUGAUUACAACAGAGGCUGAUUUGGGAUCGAUCUGUGAACAGUUUGUUAAUGAAUCAGGCGUUUCUGUAUACUACCAACCUGUGCACAUUGAUGGAAAGAUAACAUGUGUGACUGUAUGCCACAGUCAACAUUCACAUCAUAAAAGAUGCUACAACAGGGGACUCUGCAUAGUGUACAAAGUCACUGGACCUCUUUGCAAGUGUCAUAACGUGGCUGAGACUUGGUACUUGAAUGAGGACUGUAGCCUACCUAUACAGAGGACUGCUUUCUAUGCAGGGUUAAGUGGGACCCUUGCUUGUCUGUUAGUGAUAGUGGGAGUCUUGGCUGCAUUCUUACUGAGGAACCAACGAAGACAAAAGAGGAGAAGAGACAUUAAAGAGCAGCUGGUGAACGAAUGGCUGAAUGAGGACUUUGAGUGGCCCAGAUCCAGCACUGCCAUUCACAAUGCUGGAGAUCUCCACAACCUUGUUUACACACAUGAAGACUCUGGACCGUCUUUGGAUACUGACGACAGACUGCCGAGCUCAUCCGCGAGUAUUUACGGGCUGGACACUGAGUACCAGCUGUCAGAUACACCAUACAGACACAAUACUCCAACUACUAAUACUCUCUCAUUUUCUAAUGCUGGACACCUACAAUCUGCCAGCCUGCCUCAACCUCAGAGACACUUCUCAUCCAACUAGCUGAUGAGGAUCAGCAGGCCUCAGAUGAAGACAUCCCAGGAUGACUGAGCCCUAACUCUGCAUCAUUAUGGACAAAGUCUCCGUUCGUCUGUCAAACUAUUGACUCUGUCACUUGCUCUUUUUUUUUAUGGCUUUCUGAAUAUAAUAUAUACGUAUCUAUAUGUACUGG